UUCCCCAACUGGAAUGCCCUCUUCCUUCAUUGGCCGUUACAAAGCCGCCACUCUUUCUGUGUAAUCCUCGUAAGAAAUCCUUUUUACCUUCACGAAAUUCAUGCGCACUACCCCAACCUCGUCAUCUUCCUCGUUUUGUCCCCUUUAAUUUAGUACCAAACGGCAUUACAAUUUAGUUGCAGAACAAUGAAUAUCGCUUCAAGAUUAGAAGAGAAUCGUCCCAUUUCCUCCCCAACCUUAUCCCCCCCGAAAACAUGGUCGGAAAGUUUGGUAAAAUCCACGCUGUCGGAGCUGAAAGUGCAGCGCCCAAUUCUCCUACCAUUGCUCCUCAUGAACUUCACGUGGUUCGCCAAGAUAGCAAUUACGACGGCCUUUCUCGGCCGGCUGGGCGAGCUUGCCUUGAGCGGCGCCACCCUCGGCUUCACCUUCGCAAAUGUCACCGGAUUUUCCGUCCUCAACGGCCUCUCCUACGCCGUCGAGCCGAUUGCCGGCCAGGCGUUUGGCGCCAAGAAUUUCAAGCUGCUUCAUAAGACGCUUGUCAUGGCGGCCUCUUUGCUCCUCUUUAUCUCACUUCCGAUUGCCCUUCUGUGGCUCAAUGUUGAUAAGAUUGUUCUCCACUUUGGACAAGAAUACGAUGUUUCGAUCGUGGCUAAAGAAUAUGUCGUGUUUCUCCUCCCUGAUUUAGUUAUCACGUCGUUCUUGUGCCCUUUGAAGAUUUACUUGACUGCCCAGAAUAUAACCGUCCCAAUCAUGGCCGCCACGGCUUUAGCAGUCGGACUUCACGUGCCGUUAAAUAUGUUUCUGUCAAACGCCAUGGGAGUCCAAGGAGUUUCCAUUGGGUUUUGGGUGACAGACUUGAUGAUUUUGGUGAUGCUUUGUGUAUAUGUUGUGAUAGAAGAAAAUAGGAAAGGUGGGAAGUGGAAAGAGGGAGGGUGGUGGGAGCAAAGCGGCGGCGAUUGGGUGAGUCUGAUUAAACUCGCCGGGCCGUGCUGCCUUACAACUUGCCUAGAAUGGUGGUGCUACGAGAUUUUAGUGCUUCUCACCGGAAACCUCCCCAACGCGAAGGAGGCGUUGGGGGUAAUCGCCAUUGUUCUCAACUUCGAUUACUUGUUGUUCUCCGUUAUGCAAUCACUGGCCACGUGCGCGUCCGUGCGCGUCUCCAACGAGCUCGGCGCCAACGCCGCCGCGCCGGCGAGGACCUCCGCGCGUGUCUCGCUGGGCUUGGCAGCCGUCUCCGGCGUCCUCGGCGGCGCGUGCAUGGCGGGCGCGAGAGGGUUCUGGGGAGCUCUGUUCACGCGCGAGAAAGGGAUCAUUUCGGGAGUGAAAAAGAUGAUGCUUAUAGUGGCGGUUAUGGAGGUGGUUAACUUUCCGGUGGUGGUUUCCGGCGGAAUUGUCCGGGGAACGGCGAGGCCGUGGCUGGGAACAUACGCCAGCGUUUGCGGAUUCUACCUGCUGGCGUUGCCGUUGGGCGUGAUUUUGGCUUUUAAGGUUCAUCUCGGACUCGCCGGAUUGUUGACCGGUUUCGUCGCCGGAGUUGCAGUUUGCUUGGUGGUUUUGCUGGCGUUUAUUGCUAGGAUCAAUUGGGAUGAAGAAUCAAGAAAAGCACAAAUUCUUGCAUCUUGCGCCAUUGACGAGGCUACCAACAAUGAUGAUCAGUAGAGUUUUAGAAAAUUUAGUCUCACUUUUAUUUUAAUUGGAAAGUUUAAUCUUAUGCUUAAUUGACAUUGUUUGUCUGAUUUGUCAAUUUCAAUGAAAUCUCAACAGUCGAUCAUUAUAUCGUGAACCAAGUAGACCAGAUUUCAGAGUACAAAAUUCAUGUUCAUAAUACACAUACAAACACAGUAUAAUAAACAUAAAUUCUGUGUCUUAUGAAA